AUGUCCUCCGACGACGCCUACCUCUCCUUCCUUGAAAAAGCCAACUCCGACCACUCCGCAGGCCAACAGUCCCAGGCACAGACGCAGAGAACACAAACGCAGACCGUCCACGCUAACGCAGAGAUCCCCGCGAGCUUACAAUCAAUGGACGCGUUCUACAUUUCUGAAACAGAUGAGCCGUUUGAGCCUGUUGUGUUGGAAUUUGAGGGCGCGGGGAGGGGGGAGUGGCCUGGGUCUUCGCAAUUAUCGUCCCUAAUCGUUCCCGAUAAUGACCUCUCGAAUAGCAUCACAACGCUAUCAGCCUCAUCCUUCGAUCCGCGGAAUCAAUACCCCAGUGUGUUUAAGGCAGUUCGCGCGGCGGCUUCCGGGAAAGACGAGGAUGUAGAAGUGAAGGUGUACCGGGUUGAUGUUGGGUCGUCGCGGGUGGAUUAUUUUAUGCUGGGGUUGGAUACUGAGAAGGAGAGGAUUGUUGGGUUUAGGACGAGGGCUGUAGAGACUUAG